AUGACGAACGGCGAUGCGGAAUCGGCGAGGUCGAUGUCAAUCUAUACGCUGCAGAGGUCGGCAACGAACGUCUCGCGGAGAAUUGCUGUGUCCGCUCGCACGAAUUCUGAAUCGACAACAGCAGUAACCCCACCGACCGUAUUUCCCGAGAAAUGCUCGUGUCGGUAUUUAUGGCGAAAGGAACUGCAUGGUCUCUCACAGUUGAUGAUGAGCCACUCCCUCGAGAUGCGCCUCUUCUGGCUGCUGGUUUUAUUGGGCUGUUUCGGGGCGGCAAUCUGGAACGCGCAGUACAUUUUGGGGGCGUACGUCAAUAUGAAACGCGAGAUUGGAGGCCAUACGCAGGUCGCCUACCGAGACCUCAUGAAAUACAUGUUGGCCGGCUCGGGCUUCGACUACGUCAAUGUCCAAAAUUUCAGCGAUUCCUACACACGCACUCUACAGCUAAACCUCGACAUCUGGCAGGCAAACCGCACCACACAGCAACUAUUCGAUUUUGUCUUUAAGAAAAACUCGAUUAAUUGUUCAGAGUUCUUCAAACAAUGUACCCAGGGCGCGAGAGAUGUGAACUGUUGCGAUAUUUUCGAGCCCACAUAUGUCAUGCUCAGAGGGAGAUGCUUCAAGCUAAAGUCGUACGAACAGAAAGAUGCGGACGAGCUGGCCAAAUUGCGACUCUUCAUCAAUAAUAUUCCGAGUCCAAUAGUGGCUGACGGGUGGCAGCCAAAUCUGAUCAUGUACCUCGGGGACGAGAAUCCGGAGACGUCCACAUUCCCGCGGUACUACCUGAAUCUAAACAGCUGGAACAAGUUCCGCUUUUCGCUUCGGCUGUUGAUUAGCCUUCCGGAUAACCCACGUUGUUCCACAUCUACACGGAAUCAGGGAUUUUACACAUGCUAUGUGUACACGUGGGUGCAUAGUCUCGUCGAAAAAUAUGGAUGUGCGCUGCCCUACUACAAGGAAACGCUUGAUUACCUUUGGAAUGUGCCAGUAUGUGACGUGGCCACGGUUGUCGCCAACUACUCCGACAUCAAAUGGCCGCGACUCGAGAGAUUCAAGUGUCUACCCGCCUGCUCCAGGCGCGAGAUUUCAAUCGAUUGGACAUCAGCCCCAAACAACGCCAUCGACGCUUCCGCAUAUGGUUAUCGGCUGGAAGCGGCCUUCAAUGAGCUCCAGGUUUCCACGCAUCAAAGAAAACACAGGCAGUUU